AAAGGAAAGAAGAAUACAACAGCAGUCCUACAGGAACCUGGCAAUAUUUUGCUCCCGUGGCGUCAUCACCCAAAUUCUUAUGGACUCAGACGUCAAAAGCGAGAUUGGGUCAUCCCGCCAAUCAACGUGCCAGAAAAUUCGAGAGGACCCUUCCCACAGCAGCUUGUUAGGAUUCGUUCAGAUAAAGACAGUGAGAUUCAUAUAAGAUACAGCAUCACAGGGGUGGGAGCUGACCAGCCACCUAUGGAAGUCUUCAACAUUGACCCCGUGUCAGGGAGAAUGUACGUGACCCGUCCAAUGGACAGAGAAGAAAGAGCAUCCUACCAUCUCAGAGCACAUGCCGUAGAUAUGAAUGGAAACAAAGUGGAGAAUCCAAUUGAUCUCUACAUUUAUGUGAUCGACAUGAAUGACAACAGGCCAGAAUUCAUAAACCAAAUCUAUAAUGGAUCUGUUGAUGAAGGAUCUAAACCAGGAACCUAUGUGAUGACAGUGACGGCCAACGAUGCCGAUGACAGCACCACAGCAAAUGGGAUGGUGAGGUACCGCAUUGUGACUCAGACUCCACAAAGUCCAUCCCAAAAUAUGUUUACCAUUAACAGCGAGACUGGAGAUAUAGUGACAGUUGCCGCAGGACUCGAUCGUGAGAAAGUUCAGCAAUACACAGUCAUUGUUCAGGCCACCGAUAUGGAAGGAAACCUUAACUACGGUCUCUCGAACACAGCGACAGCAAUCAUUAUGGUGACAGAUGUGAACGACAACCCACCCGAAUUCACUAGCAGCACCUAUUCUGGUGAAGUUCCAGAAAACCGGAUAGAAGUUGUUGUCGCUAAUUUGACUGUGAUGGACCGAGAUCAACCCCAUUCGCCCAACUGGAAUGCUGUUUACCGAAUAAUCAGUGGAGACCCUUCCGGUCAUUUUACCAUUAGGACUGAUCCUGUUACCAAUGAAGGCUUGGUAACUGUUGUGAGGGAAGUUGAUUAUGAGAUGAACCGAGCUUUUAUGUUGACGGUGAUGGUGUCCAAUCAAGCUCCUCUUGCCAGCGGGAUCCAAAUGUCCUUCCAGUCUACAGCCGGAGUCACCAUUUCAGUCACUGAUGUCAAUGAGCCCCCUUACUUCCCAACAAACCACAAACUCAUCAGGCUGGAAGAGGGUGUGCCUACAGGGACAGCACUCACGACUUUUUCAGCAGUGGAUCCUGACCGUUUCAUGCAACAGGCUAUCAGAUAUUCCAAGCUGUCGGAUCCUGCAAACUGGCUGAAUAUUAAUGCCACCAACGGUCAGAUCAUCACUGCAGCUGUCCUUGAUCGCGAGUCAGCCUACGUUAAGAACAAUGUCUACGAAGCCACAUUCCUGGCAGCUGACAACGGUAUCCCUCCAGCCAGUGGCACGGGCACACUCCAGAUCUACCUAAUUGACAUCAACGAUAAUGCUCCUGAACUUCAGCCAAAGGAGGCCCAGAUAUGUGAGAAGCCAAAUCUGAAUGUCAUCAACAUCACAGCCGCCGAUGCUGACAUCGAUCCAAAUGUCGGCCCCUUCGUCUUUGAACUGCCGAGCGUGCCAUCUGCCAUUAGGAAGAACUGGACCAUUACACGUCUAAAUGGUGAUUAUGCUCAACUUGGCUUGCGAAUAAUAUACUUGGAAGCCGGUGUGUAUGAUGUUCCAAUCAUUGUAACAGAUUCUGGAAACCCUCCUCUGUUUAACAUGUCCAUCAUUAAGGUCAAGGUGUGUCCAUGUGAUGAGAAUGGAGACUGUACCACUAUAGGAGCUGUCGCUGCAGCUGGGCUGGGAACCGGAGCCAUUAUUGCCAUCUUGAUAUGCAUCAUCAUUUUACUAA